AUGGAGCAGGAAUACAGUUAUUCAAUGGAUGAUGUUGCGGUCGCCCACACCAAAUGUUUCAGGGAGUCAAUAUCACUGGAGAAAAGUCAAAAUUUCUUGGCUGGCGAACAGUUUACAGCAUACCAGAUUCUAUGGGGAGAUAAAGCCACCUUUGUCCCCAAACAGGCCCUUACUCUCAUCCAGGCACUGGUCGCCGGUUCCUUAUUCUAUAACGUAUUGAAUGACUCAUCUGGACUGUUUAUUAAGCCUGGAGCCUUGUUCUUUGCUCUGUUGUAUAACAGCCUUCUUUCCAUGUCUGAGAUAACCGUGGGCAUACCUAUUCUAGUUGCUCAAGUGAUAAUUUUUUCCAUUGUGUUGUAUUUCAUGUGUAUGAAAGCGAUGUUCCACGCUGUUGGAGCUGUAUUCAAAACAUUUGACGGUGCCUCGAAAGUCUCAGAGUUCCUGAUGGCUGCCCUUGUCAUUUAUACUGGUUAUAUGAUCAAAAAACCUUACAUGCACCCGUGGUUCAGUUGGAUAUUUUGGUUGGAUCCAUUAUCGUAUGGAUUCGAGGCACUUCUCGCGAAUGAAUGGCAUGGGAAAACUAUCGACUGCGUCGGGAGCAACCUAAUCCCCAACGGAGGAAACUACAGAUCCUGCACAUCAAUCAUGCGCAGGGGUCGGUGGUGCGAUUCAAGGUGA